AUGGCCCAGUUCCCGCUGUUUCAGAAAUUCCAAAAGGCGAUACAGCACCCGCCGGCCCUGUCGCUUGGGCUGCCCAUUUUUCUGACCGUCAUUUUCCUGUUGUCCCAGCGAUAUGUGUGGAUUGAGGACGACCUGGAGCUGCGAAGCACCGCCCUGACCAAUUUCGAACUCAACCGAAUCUCAUUCUACCCCCUGGUCCAUGCCACCUGGUUCCAUCUGCUGCUCAAUCUUGUGGCGCUACAGCCCAUUGUGUCGCAGUUUGAGCGAGUCAAUGGAACUGUGCGAACCGGAAUCGUGCUCAACAUUCUCGCUGUUGUCACUGCCAUUCCCUGGUGUCUGUUGUCUAUCGGCUUCUUCCCCGAUGAGGCUGUCCUGGGCUCCUCCGCCUGGAUCUUCUCCUUCAUGGGAUACUGGGCCAUCCGGGAGUCCUCCAAGCAGCCUACCACCCAGCUGGCCCCCAACCUCGUGGUGCCCACUUGGCUUCUACCCAUCAUCUACCUGGUUGUCAUUGCCAUUGUCAUCCCCAGCUCUUCCUUCAUUGGCCAUCUGCUGGGACUGAUUGCUGGCUGGAUGAUGGCUCUGGGCUACCUGGACGUACUCAUUGAGCCUUCGUCCAAGGUGGUGCUCUGGAUCGAGAACAAGAUCUCCAGAGUCAUUGACCUGAUCCCCUCGUCCAUCGUCACUUUCUACCGAGAAGAGGGCGCUUUGGACACUCGAGCUGCCGCUCGAGCAGACACCAACCGGUCCCUGUCCGUGUCUGGCGGCAACUUCCUGGGCUUCCAGGCCAACUCCAGCCAGGCCGAUCUCGAGGCCGGUACCCGGUCUCGAGGCAACAGCAGCGUUGACCCCACCACUUCUUUCCCUGGAACGGGCCAGACUCUUGGUACCCAGUAA